AGUCUGAUUGUAGGUUAGGUACGUUGUAUAAUGUCAAGCACGUAAAGUUGUUUAGGCUCGUUAUUUUAAGUGUACACCUAAAUUCACAUACAAGUUUUGUCGAGAAACCAGUAAACCAAAGCAGUCAUGGCAAAGUAUAUUGCUCAAAUUAUUGUGCUAGGUGGCCAGGCAAUAGGACGCGCCUUUGCCAAGGCCCUGAAGCAAGAAAUCGCCGCAUCGCAAGAAGCUGCUAAACGUGCCGGUGGCGGACGACAAGGAGAUCAGAGUGCGGAAUCAAAUUUGCGUACAGGUAUGACGCUGGAGGAGGCCAAGCAAAUAUUAAACAUUGAGGACACCAAAAACGUGGAAAGCAUUACUAAAAACUAUGAGCAUCUGUUUAACGUCAAUGAUCGAGCCAGGGGAGGAUCAUUUUAUCUGCAAUCCAAAGUUUUUCGUGCGAAGGAGCGUUUAGAUCAUGAACUUAAGGCGCAGGAACAGCAUCAAAAGCCAAAAUCCGAUCAACAAUCAGAGGAAGCGCCUCAAAGCAGAGCAAGGCAGAGGCGCUAAAAAUUUAUUGUGUCUUCCAUCCUCAAAACGAAUUAGUUUUUAAUUAGAUUUUAAGUAGAUCCA